AUGAUGGUGGCAAAAUGUUCUGCAAUUCCUUUGAAAAUGAGCUACAACCUUUUUCUCCUGGCUUUUGUCCUGGGCAUGACUGGAACCUUCCACUAUGGAUUGCAGGUCUCCAUUAUCAAUUCUCCUGCUGAGUACAUCCAAAGUUUCAUCCGUGAGACCUGGCUGAAGAGAUAUGGCUCCUCUCCCAGUGCAGAGAUGAUCACUUUGAUGUGGUCCCUCAUUGUGUCCAUUUACAGCAUCGGUGGGCUCCUGGGCUCCUCCUCUGCUGGGUACUUGUGUGUUAGAUUUGGAAGGAAGAAGGCCAUGCUGCUUGCCAACAUCCCUGUUCUGCUGGGUGCAGCUCUGAUGGGACUCAGCCGGAUGUGUGGCUCUUUUGAGAUGAUCAUUGCUGGAAGGUUAUUUUCUGGAGUCUGUGGAGGUUUAACUCAGAAUGUCCAUAUCAUGUACGCUGGGGAAUGUGCCCCACGGAAGCUCCGCGGGCUGAUUGCCAUAACAGCUUCUACCUUCUCUGCUAUUGGAAAAUUUGUAGGAUUUGCUCUGGGUCUCAGAGAAGUUCUUGGAGUGGAGGCUCUCUGGCCAAUUCUCCUGGCAGCCAAUGCAGUUCCUGCCAUUGCUCAGCUUCUCACCCUCCCCUUCUUCCCAGACUCUCCCCGCUACCUGCUCAUUGACCAAAAGGACAAGGAGGGAUGCAUCAAAGCUGUGAAGCAGCUGUGGGGCGCUGGGGACCAUCUGGCUGAAAUAAAUGACAUGCUGUCAGAGCAGAGAGCCAUCGGUGGGGAGAAGGUGAAGAGCGUUUGGGACCUGCUGCGGGACAGAGCCGUGCGCUGGCAGCUCAUCACUCUGCUCCUCGUGGUCUCCUGCAUCCAGCUGGUUGGGGCCAACGUGGUUUACUCUUAUGCAUACAGUAUCUUUAGCAAGGCUGGGAUCCCCCCUGCUCAAACCCAUUAUGUCUCCCUGGGGAUUGGGACCACUGAGAUCCUCUCCACAGUUCUGUGUGGCCUCCUGAUCGAGCGUGCAGGGAGGAAGACACUGCUGUGGAAGAACUACGCCGUGAUGGCCUUGGCUCUAGGGCUCCUCACAGUCACACUCUCACUGCAGGACUCCUUUUUCUGGGUACCAUACUGCUCUGUUGCACUUGUCUUUAUUUUCAUAAUGAGCUUUGGCAUCGGGCCAGGUGGAGUAGUAUGCCCCUUGAUCACAGAAAUAUUUAUUCAGUCAUACAGACCGGCUGCUUAUGUUUUUAAUGGUGUUAUAAACUGGAUCCAACUCUUCAUCCUUGGACUUGUGUUCCCUUUCAUUGUGGAAGGUCUUGGUAAUUUCUGUUUCAUCAUUUUCCUGACAUAUUGUCUGUCCAUGGCUAUUUUUGUACUCCUGGUGCUGCCAGAGACCAAAGGAAAGACCAUGCUACAGGUCAAGGAGGAGUUCAACCGCCUGAACUAUCGUGGAAAGAAGGGGCAGGCAGCCCUACAGCAGAGUAACUGCUCAGUGGUGACUGUUACUAGGCUUUAAGAACAAACCCUCCACUUCCUAUUUUGCUCUUUUAUUA